AGUUUAGUUCUGGCUAUCGCAAUAGCCUGACCGCGAGCGCGGUCUAUAUCGAAUUCCCCCCCAACAACAAGCAGAUAAGAUGGCUAAGUGCAAUAAUCAAUAAACUUGCUUUUCAAAAAUAAACUUCCACUAAAAACAAAUUGUAAACGUAGAUUAGAUCAAGUUAAUAGGGAAUUUCAUGCUAACCGAAAUUCAACACAUUUCCGUAAAAAACAAACAAAUAAAUAGCAACGCAAAGCGAAACAUAUUUUCUAACUUGCAUUCUUAACGCACCCCCCCAAAAAAAAAGUUUUGUGGGGUUGUUGCUUACAGCCACCCACUCAAUGUGUGUGUGAACUUGUGUGUGUAACAACAAGAGCCGUGGAGCUGAGCUGUAAAGAGCAGAAAUAAAAAAUCUAUGAAUAUAAAAGUCAAGUGUGCUCAUAGUUGCCGUUGGGAAAAAGUGUAAAAAUUGCAUCUGGACGGAAGUAGAUACGUGACAGAGCGUGGGUCAUGUCUCUGGAGGAUCCGUUUUUUGUUGUCAAGGAUGAGGUCUUCAAAGCGCUGAACAAAACCCGCGGACUUUAUCUGCGUUGGCGUGAGUUCGGCGAAGACGGUGGCGCCGAGGUUGAAUGGACAACAACGGAGCUGCGUAAUUCGUUGCGCAGCAUUGAAUGGGACCUCGAGGAUCUGGAGGACACUAUCAGCAUUGUUGAAAAGAAUCCAACCAAGUUUCGCAUUGAUAAUCGUGAACUGUCCAGCCGGCGUCAUUUCAUUGACAACACUCGCGAUGAGGUCAAACAGAUGAAGGAUAAGAUGAGCCUGAACCGGAACAGGGACAGAGACAUAACCGCACAUCAGCCACUGCUCGAGAACGAAAGGAAUCACAGCCUGAACCACCACAGUCACAAUCCUAACCACAAUCACAACCAAAGCAACGAAUAUCAUUCAAACAACGAUCGCACCUAUCUGGUUGAUUGCCCCAAUUCACAGUCAGUCGCCAAUACCAUAGCAGGCACGAUGUCCGCAGCAGCAGCAGCCGCAGCCGCAACGCGGCACAGUGGCACAAAGUAUUCCAAGCUGGAGAAUGCUCUGGAUAUAGAUAGUCCCAGCCAUUAUGGGGGCAAUGGCAGUAGUUUGGAUAGUCCUGGUCAUCGAUAUGUGGGCGAGACGGUGUCUGUGCAACAGCGCAUGAUUCAGGGUCAGGAUGAGCAGCUGGACAUGAUAAGUGAUUCCAUUGGCACCCUUAAGACUGUUUCGCGCCAAAUUGGCGUCGAAUUGGAUGAGCAGGCGGUCAUGUUGGAUGAUUUUGGAAAUGAGUUCGACACAACCGAAUCCAAGCUGGAUACAACAAUGAAGAAAGUUGCCAAAGUUCUACACAUGAAUAAUGAUAAGCGUCAGUGGGCUGCCAUCCUCAUACUAUCUGUGCUGUUAUUGUUUGUGAUAAUUCUGUUUAUUGUUUUGUAAUUUAUUUGUUCACACUUUUUGCGCUUACGAGUCGAAACAAUUGUAGUGUAAAUUAAUUAGAUUUAUUUUUUAAAUAAGUAUAAUUGCAAGUCUUAAAAGCGAAUUCAAUAUUUUAUAUAUAUUUUAAUAACCUGACUACAAAAUUCCCUAGCUGUAUAUAUACACGUUUAAAAACUUUAUUAACAAAAUCACCAAACAAAUCCGAGAAUCGAGAGUAAUAAUGCAAAACGUAUUUCCAAAGACAGAAAGAAUUAUGCGUUAGUUUCUGGUAACUGAAACACUUGCUAAAUGGUACAAUUUAUAUGUAUGUGUGGAGAAGAAUAUAUCUGUAUAUCAAGAGAGUUAUUUAAAAACCUGUAUGCAGUUG